UACAAGAAACCGAGAUAUCUUGCUUCGUACCAAUGCAUGUUGCAGCCAAUCAGAGGUACCAAGUUCUGGGAGCCAACAGAUCAUGAAGCACCUCAACCUUUGCCACUAAAGAAGAGAAUGGGAAGACCAAAGCGAAAACAAAGAAUGGCAGAAGGAGAGGUCUCAAGUCAACGUAGGAUGAGUAGGACAGGUGUAAAGAUGAAGUGCUCUUUUUGCCACAUAGCAGGGCACAAUACUAAAGGCUGUCAAUUAAGGAAGCAGCAGGAACAGUUGAGGCCAGUCGAAGGACCUAGUGAAGGGACAAUUGGAGAAGGACAAACAGAAAUGCGAAGUGAGUCGUCUGUUCUUCAGUCGACAACAAUAAACCCAGUCAGGAGAAUGACACGUGAAGAAUUGGUCGAAGCCCCUGCUAUACCUGAAACUGAAGGGUCUGUUCAAACAAGGCCAGGUAGACAGCCAGCUCAAGGAUUGGCCGAAGCAACUGGAGGGCUAGUUAAGUCGACUGUUCUUCAGCAGAAGCAGAGAAAAAAAUACCCGGUAACUUAAAUAAUUUGUGUUUAGUUUUCCUUUACAAUGGCC